AUGUUCUUGAAAGCUACUACUUAUGUUGGUAUCAGUGCUUCUUUCGGAGUAAGGCUGUGGCACAAUGGUCAAUACUUGACCAAUAGUGAGCUGGGUCCACCAAGCCUCUUUCCACUCCAAUUCCUCAAGAAUCACAUUGUGUCGCAUGACAUUGCCACCAUCGCUACCUUAGACAUUCAGAAUUGA